GCACACUGUUAUCAUUGCUUCUUGGUGCAAGUGCCAUUACGGCACAAUUUCAAGUUCCUCUAUUAUCGCAGUUUGUCCCCUCCAAUCCUCCAAUCACCCCGGGCAGCAGCACCUUAUUCUCCCCACCCCCGCCCCGUCCCUCCCACCCCAUCUAAACCAUCGUUACACCAGGCUACCACUCCGAAACAAGUGCCAAGCCUGGAAAGCCUACUGGAAUUAAAGGCCCCGCCCCCACCAGACGGUAUCUUCACCGCAUCCCCCAAAUUCGAAGACAGCCCCCUUCGAGCCCUGGGAACGUCUAGGGCACCUGACAGAAAGCAAAAAGCAUUGUUUAUCACAGAAGCUCGCUUCCUCGAAACGCCAGGUGAACAAGAGAGUGGCCAGGUGUCUGAAGAACUGACACCAAGGCCUUUCGUAGCGUCGCCAACGACAAUCAGAUUUACCCUGGACGAUGUCCCCGAUUUCCUAGAACCCUCAGUGUUCCCGACUAUAGGUCACACAGACUUCUCUUCCUCUGCUUCAGACGAAUCUGGUACUGUCCUGGAAAACCCUUUUACUAAGGAGGAAGUAAAUGAAGAAACUCCCGCACUUGGUACAAACAACCCAGAUACCAAGACGCACCUCUUCAUCUUGACGUCAACAGAAGAUGCCCAAGAAACCACGACAUGGACGCCUAGUACCCUCUUUGCGAGUACCCCGGACUUUUCAGAGAAAGAGCAGUUGACUUCUACCCCAUUUUCAUUCUCCUCCAUCCCAGACAGCGAUACAAGUUUCCGACCUUCUUUUGUUUUUCCAUUCCUCGACCACUCAUCAGAACAGCAGAACCUAUUCGCAGCAGUGGAAACGAGGAAUCCGAGCGUAUCUUCUUUCCUGCGAUCAGAGGCACCCAAUUUUCUUGAGAGCAGCCCUGAAAUCUUUGAAUUAAAUCCCGUUAGGGUAGAAACGGAGGUUACGAAGAAAGAACCGGCAACAGGUAUACUACCUGUGGGUAAUGACCGAACCCUGAGCAAAACACCUGUACCCAAGCCCAUCAUUUUCAGUGACCAAGAGAAAGCUGGUGAAACCAUUACCGAGAGUGUUACUAAGCCAGACAAGCCUCUCCCCACAAGAAAGACCUUCCACUUCGAGCAAGAAUUCCUGUCCCUCUUGAAAAAGAACAACCCGCGCGAGAAGAGCCGACCUGAGAAGAACGAACCCUCUUUUGAAUCGAAUCCGUUCUGGUUCACUGAACAGAGGGACGUCAAUGAGGGAGUAUGGAGAUUAAAAGGCGGUGAGAGAGCACCGACGCUCGAUCUGGUGUCCCAAGAUUCCAUUGUCUCCCCGAUCACACUUAAAAACACACUGGGCGGCCUCUUCAGCGCCUCGAUAAGAGGACUCACGCCCACGAAACAGAAGAGCGAAGCGUCGCUCAAAAUACUGGACGACCGGGAAGAGCCGGUCACUGACGUCGGGAUAACAGUCAAAUCCUUGGCCCAGGGUGGUCUUUCCUCCAGCGCCUUUGAAACCAAGGGAAUCACAACCACCAUCAAACCGCUGAUUCUCAACCAGAAUUUCUCUGAGACGAGACUGAAAUUAGGUGCCUCCACCCCAGCAGGACUGACGUCACACGGGCCCAAGAUAGUGCCUGUUGGGGAAGUGGGCGAAGUGCCCCACGACACGGAUGGUGCCACGGCCAUACCACUGCCGAGCCUCUCUGCCACUCUCAAACACGGCGUCCAGAGUCUAAACGUGACGGCUUGGGUAUCGGGCUGCCCUAAGCUGUAUGGCAAAGCAGAGCUCAUCUGCGUCAUCGAACACGAUGCAAUCAGCAACACAGCUAUGGCGGUGAGAGAGCACCGACGCUCGAUCUGGUGUCCCAAGAUUCCAUUGUCUCCCCGAUCACACUUAAAAACACACUGGGCUGGCCUCUUCAGCGCCUCGAUAAGAGGACUCACGCCCACGAAACAGAAGAGCGAAGCGUCGCUCAAAAUACUGGACGACCGGGAACCAGAACUGACGUCACACGGGCCGAAGAUAGUGCCUGUUGGGGAAGUGGGCGAAGUGCCCCACGACACCGAUGGUGCCACGGCCAUACCGCUGCCCAGCCUCUCCGCCACUCUCAAACACGGCGUCCAGAGUCUAAACGUGACGGCUUGGGUAUCGGGCUGCCCUAAGCUGUAUGGCAAAGCAGAGCUCAUCUGCGUCAUCGAACACGAUGCAAUCAGCAACACAGCUAUGACGGUGAUGUGGAAGAAGAAAUCCUUCACAGAGGGUCGUCCUCAGGAGCACAUCAUGGCCGAGAACGACCUCCUCAUGAUGGAGGAUGAGAGAUUCUCCCUCAGGCAAAACGAAGGGCGGUACACCCUCACCAUCAAGGACUUCCGGCCCAAGGACUGCGGGACGUACGAAUGUGAAGCCAAGGCGGCUGACACGACGGCCGCCUCGCAGUUACUACUCUUUACAUGUCACUAGAGUGUUAAGAAUUAUUUAUAUAUGUAAUAUAAUAGCUCACAAAUAUGUAAGCGCAUAUACAGAUACAUAUACAUACAAAACAACAAGUU